AUGCACUCGCCAAGGCCCUUCCCCGACGCCCGCUCGCCCAUCGCGGCAUCCCCAUCAGCAGAGAGCACUCCAGUUCCUGCCCCAACUUCUGAGGACCCCACAAGGCGCCCUUUCUGUCACCGAAGAUCGGAGAGCCUCCCGACCAACAAGGUCCAGGCACACCGCUAUCUGUUCUUCGAAAAGAUUGCGACCGACAGCAUUCAAGCCGUAGUGGAAAAGUGGCUGCAGACCAAUCCUGUCGCGCCCACAGAGGCCCCCAUGCUGGCCUCCCAGUGCGCCAGUGGGGCCGCACUUGCCACCAGUGGUGACUGUGCCACCAGAACUGCAGAGGAGCUGCCACAAAGCCCCAUGCAGACCGAAGCUACUGGGCAGACACAGGGGCCUGCUGGCGUUCCCCUACCUCUCAGCUCUGAUGAGGACAACGAGGCAAUGGACUUCUCAAACUCACGGAAGAGGCUGCGGGAAGAAAUUGGGGACGAGGACGACCACGCACCACGAAUGCAAAUGGCCACUACCCCCUCCGAAUCCUCUGAAGAGGAAUCACACACUUCUCGGGGCUCAGAGGAGUUGUCCGGGAGUAUGUGCAGAACCACGGUGGAUUCCGAAGUGGCGUCCACCACAGCGGACAUGACAUCAUCUGCCACAACAGGCGGCACGGACUCCACGAGCUCGGAUGGUGCAGGCACUUGCCAACUCCCUACUACCGCCUCAACGGACGACCUAUUGGCCCCUGGGGACCCCUGCCCUCCCUCCCCACACACAAAAGGACUGCCCUUGCCAGCAACCUCUCCCCAAGCAGUAGAGCGCACCCUACCUGCCCCUGCAGCAGAAAGACCACCGAAUCUCCCGACAACCCACCCCCUGACGCUUCAGCUUCCAUGGAGGUGGUGA